GACGUCUAUUUAACCAUAAUUUCAUCGAAAACCAAUUUUAUAUUGUCUAAAAUUACACAGGGAAUUCAACCUCCAGCUCAGUCCAAUUCUAAUUGCACCCCAUUUCCGCUCCCGUCUCUCCGCAAGCAACCUCCCGUCCCCAAUCCAGCAAGGCGGAAUUUUGAUCCGGUCGCCGCGCGAAUUCAAGAAAUUGGCUCCAACCCAUUGCGCGCAAUGACCCGCCGGAGCUCCUCCUCCUCCGAUUCAAGAAUUUCCGCUCCCUGAAGCCCACCGUUUUCCGACGACCCUCUUCUUUGCCGGGGAUGAUGGCUGCCGGAACCGCAAUUACGGCUCCGCGCAUCGUAAUUCUUCACGUUCUUGCUUUUUUCGCCAUCAACACCGCUCUUUCCGCUGAUUUGGGAGAUGGGUUCUCGGCCGUCGCCGACAAUGACGUGCUCGGCUUCCACGGCGACUACACGCCGCCCUCGCCGCCCCCGCCGCCCGCCCUGCCGCUCCCGCCCCCGCUGUCGUGCGAGGAUCUCGAAGGAGGCGGUUCGACUGAUUCGACCUGUGAGCUGAAUAAGACCUUAGAAUUCGAUGGUGACGUGUAUAUUAAAGGUGUAGGGAAUUUAUAUAUACUUCCGGGUGUUCGUCUUAGCUGCCCGAUGAGGGGAUGUUUCAUAAUGGUUAAUAUGAGUGGCAAUUUUAGUCUAGGCCAAGAUGGGGUUAUUCUUGCUGGUACAGUGCAUGUGGUAGCUAAUAGUGUUAGCUUGAUUGAUGGGUCUCUGAUAAACGUUUCGGGAUUGGCCGGGGAGCCGCCGGCAGAGACAAGCGGUACCCCCCAGGGGGUGCAGGGAGCGGGUGGCGGACACGGUGGAAGAGGCGCGAAUUGUUUGACUGAUAAUAAGAAGAUCCCCGAUGAUGUGUGGGGCGGAGAUGCAUAUUCUUGGCAGUCUUUGGACAAGCCAUAUAGCUACGGGAGCAAGGGAGGGACCACUAGUAAGGAAGAGGAUUAUGGCGGGGAGGGAGGCGGGAGGAUUAAGUUCGAGGUGGAGAAUGAAAUUGAGGUCUCAGGGAGUCUUUUGGCAGAUGGAGGUGAUGGUGGUGACAAGGGUGGAGGAGGCAGUGGAGGCAGCAUUUAUAUUCAGGCUCAUAGAAUGAUUGGAUUUGGCACUAUUAGUGCCGCAGGUGGCAGCGGUUUUGCUGGAGGUGGGGGCGGAAGAAUCUCCAUAAAUGUUUUCAGUAGACAUGAUGACACAGGGUACUUUGUCCACGGGGGAAGAAGUUCUGGUUGUGCUGAAAAUGCAGGCGCUUCUGGGACCUACUAUGAUGCUGUACCUCGGAGUCUUACUGUCAACAAUCACAACUUGUCCACUCAUACUGACACUCUUCUGCUAGAGUUCCCUAAACAGCCACUUUGGACAAAUGUUUAUAUUCAGAAUCAUGCCAAGGCUUGCGUUCCUCUGUAUUGGGGUCGUGUCCAGGUUCGAGGCCAACUUCGGCUGUCAUCUGGUGCUAUGCUGAGCUUUGGACUGGCACAUCUUGGCACUUCGGAAUUUGAGUUAAUGGCAGAAGAGCUUUUAAUGAGCGACUCUGUAAUCAAGAUUUAUGGAGCUCUUCGUAUGUCGGUCAAAAUGCACUUGAUGUGGAACUCCAAGAUGCUUAUUGAUGGGGGCCACGAUGCAGUUUUGGCAACAUCCUAUCUUGAGGCUAGCAAUCUUGUGGUUCUGAGGGAAUCAUCUGUAAUACAUUCAAAUGCAAAUCUCGGAGUUCAUGGACAAGGUUACCUGAAUUUAUCAGGAUCAGGCGAUCUCAUUGAGGCUCAACGCUUGGUCAUAUCAUUAUUCUUUAGCAUCAGUGUCUAUCGAAAAAAGGUAUAUGACAUGCAAUGUUGGUGGUCAUAUUAUAUGGUUGGACCAGGGUCUAUGUUGCGAGGUCCUUUGGAAUCAGCCAGUGAUGAUGACUUGACUCCGCGACUUUAUUGUGAGCUCCAGGAUUGUCCAAGAGAGUUACUACAUCCACCUGAAGACUGUAAUGUCAAUUCUUCAUUGUCAUUCACUCUUCAGAUCUGUCGUGUCGAAGAUAUAAUUGUUGAAGGAAGCAUUACAGGUUCUGUGCUUCAUUUUCACUGGGUCAGAGCAGUACUUGUACAUUCCACCGGAAAAGUUAGUGUAUCUGGGCUUGGGUGCACGGGUGGACUUGGUAGAGGUAAAAUCGUGGAUAAUGGGGUCGGUGGUGGUGGUGGCCAUGGUGGGAAAGGUGGUGAUGGAUUUCAUAACGGGAGUUUUAUCUCAGGUGGGGUCACAUAUGGGAAUGCAGAAUUGCCUUGUGAGCUUGGUAGUGGUAGUGGGAAUGAUAGUCUUGCCAGUGCAACUGCUGGAGGUGGUAUCAUAGUAAUGGGUUCGCUGGAGCACUCAUUGUCAACUGUGUCAAUUGAUGGUUCCAUCAGAGCAGAUGGAGAGAGUUUUGGAGAGCGUAAAAGAGAAACAGAUGGUAGGACCAUCUCAGAUGUAGGACCUGGAGGUGGAUCUGGUGGAACUAUUCUUCUGUUUAUUCAUUCGUUGGUCCUUGGUGACUCUUCUAUCAUCUCUACUGUUGGAGGACAUGGGAGUCCCAAUGGUGGUGGUGGUGGAGGUGGUGGUAGAGUUCAUUUUCACUGGUCAAGUAUUCCUGUUGGGGACGAAUAUUAUCCUAUAGCCAGUGUCAAAGGAAACAUCCAAACGGGGGGAGGAUUUGGCAGAGGCCAUGGUCUUGCAGGUGAAAAUGGAACUAUUACAGGAAAGGCCUGCCCAAAGGGGCUUUACGGUGUUUUUUGCAAGGAAUGCCCUGUGGGUACUUAUAAGAAUGUAAGUGGAUCAGAUAGAGUCCUUUGUCAGGAUUGUCCACUUCACAAGCUUCCCCAUCGUGCAAUAUACAUGGCCGUGAGAGGUGGCGUGACAGAAACUCCUUGCCCCUACAAAUGUGUUUCCGAAAGAUUUCACAUGCCAAAUUGUUAUACUGCUCUUGAAGAGCUAAUAUACACUUUUGGUGGGCCAUGGUUAUUUAGUCUAAUUCUCCUGGCUGUUCUCAUCCUGCUAGCUCUAGUUCUUAGUGUUGCAAGGACAAAGUAUGUUGGCGGCGAAGAAUCGCCGGCCAUUGUUCCUCCUCGACGUAGUUCUCGAAUAGAUCACUCUUUCCCUUUUCUGGAGUCACUAAAUGAGGUUAUGGAAACAAAUAGGAUCGAGGAAUCUCAAAGCCACGUUCAUAGAAUGUACUUCAUGGGGGCAAAUACCUUUGGUGAACCUUGGCAUCUACCUCACUCUCCUCCUGAAGAGAUUAUAGAGAUUGUAUUCGAGGAUGCAUUUAACAGAUUUGUAGAUGAGAUUAAUGGUUUAGCUGCUUACCAAUGGUGGGAGGGAUCGAUCUACAGAAUUCUCUCUGUUCUUGCCUAUCCGCUGUCAUGGUCAUGGCUCCAGCGUUGUCGCAAAAACAAACUACAGCAACUUCGUGAAUUUGUUCGGUCGGAAUAUGAUCAUGCUUGCUUACGUUCUUGCCGUUCUCGUGCUCUUUACGAGGGAAUUAAGGUGGCCGCAACAUCUGACCUAAUGCUGGGCUAUUUGGAUUUUUUCCUCGGUGGAGAUGAAAAGCGAGCUGAUCUUCCUCCUCCUUUGAAUCAAAGAUUUCCAAUGUCCUUGAUAUUUGGAGGCGAUGGGAGCUACAUGGCUCCUUUCUGCCUUCACAAUGAUAAUAUCCUCACUAGCCUUAUGAGCCAAGCAAUACCACCUACAAUAUGGUAUCGACUAGUGGCGGGUCUGAAUGCUCAGUUGCGAUUAGUGCGCCGUGGACAACUAAGAGUAACACUUGGUCGUAUUGUUAGCUGGCUUGAAACACAUGCAAACCCUACUUUAGUUACAUAUGAUGUGCAUCUCAGCCUAGCUUCCUUUCAGCCUACUGCUUCGGGAUAUUGCCAGUUUGGUCUUAUAGCAUGUGCUGUUGGAAAUCUAAAUUUAGCAUCAGCCAUUGAAGGUCAAGAUGGUUUGUUGCAACCUGAGCAGCGACCAUGUUUGUCUCGAACUUACAGAGAUGAUCCGGUGGACCACUCAGCAGUGAAGCAACCUCUAAUGACAUAUAAAAGAAUGUGUGGCGGUGUUCUACAUUCCAAAAGCUUGCGAACUUUCAAAGAGAAGAAGGCUAUAUAUUUUCCCCUAUCUUUCGUCGUCUAUAAUACCAAACCAGCUGGUCAUCAGGAUCUUGUUGGUUUGGUGGUCUCUAUGCUGCUAUUAGGAGACUUUAGCUUAGUCUUGCUUACUCUGCUGCAGCUCUACUCCAUUUCUCUGUUGGACUUCCUUUUAGCAUUGUCUAUACUCCCUCUUGCAAUUCUUUAUCCUUUCCCCGCUGGAAUCAGUGCAUUAUUUAGUCAUGGACCAAGGCGAUCAGCUGGCCUGGCGCGUGUAUAUGCUCUAUGGAACAUCACGUCCUUGAUCAAUGUUGUAGUUGCUUUCAUUUGUGGAUUUAUUCAUUACAAGAACCACAGUGGAAAAAAGCAUUCAAAUUCAAACUUUCAGUCCUGGAAUUUUAGUGCGGAUGAAAGUGAAUGGUGGAUGCUUCCUUCUGGGCUGGUGCUGUGCAAAAUCAUACAAGCUCGUCUCAUUGAUUGGCACGUGGCUAAUCAGGAAAUCCAAGAUCACUCCCUGUACAGCAACGAUCCCGAGGUGUUCUGGCAGUUUUAAUGUGCAUACUAAUCAGGUACUGUUUAGCUGGGCAAGUGGGACUAUAAUUGUAUACAAUUUCUCUUUUUGUUUCCGUGGGGAUCUUCAAAUGUUUGAAAAGGGCAGGGUCUUUUUUAUUACCUUCUCUUUUUGACUUAUAAAUGGCGGGGUUCACGGGAGAAAGGAGUUCUAAGUGCAGCAGCUCUUCGGUUAUGAUGACGAUCUGAUGGCCCGUUCAUCAAUGAAAAGGUCAGAGCUCUGAAAGCUGCUCUUUCUAGAGGUAUUCUUUCUUCUGGAUUUGGCACAUAGUACAAGAUGUGAUGAUCUAGGUGCUUUGUGCUCUAACUCUAGUCGUUGCCUUACUUAUUGAGAAGCAAGGAUUAGUCAUAAGAUUUACAUGGGUUGUAAAGUAAUUGUAAUCAUGUCACAAGAUUUACUUGAGUUGUAGAGUGAGUGUUAUCGUGUAAAGGGUCUGUCAAUUCUUGGCUCUGGGAAAGCAUGUCAGCUUAGUUUUGGCUUUGUACUGAUCGUGUACGCUGUCACUGCGCUAUUGGUAUGUAUGUAAAGGAUCUCAUUGUUUAUGGAAGCAUAGAUUUGUUCUUCAUUUACUGUUA